CUUCAGCAGUGGACAGUGGCACUUCUUCGACGUCCCGUCUCUCGCCCUCUCGUCGCGAUUCACCGGUCGCCGUCCGUCUUUGGCGCUCACCUCGCCUUCGUCUCUCUUGCCUUUCGGUUUUGGGUCUCACCUCAGGUCGGAUAGUUGUAUUGGGUCGGGUUAUGAAGCCGUUGGGCCCAAAUAUGAAUCAACCCUAAUCAUGUCCAGGGGUUCUUCAAAUUUCUCUGAUUGUCCCUUUUGUUCGAUUAAUCGCUAACGGUCUUCAACCCUCUUCAUCAGCAGCAAUCUCUCUAUCAAAUCUGAUUGUAAUCUCGCUGAUUUCAGACACUUGAUCUUUGACAAUGGGCAAACCCAGCAAAGGACCGGAUACAGUGUCUAAAGCUGACAAAAAGUUCGAGAAGAAGCUCCAAUUUUACGCCAAGGUCAGAGACACUGUUGCUUCUCUGUCUGUCCAAAAGGAAAUCGAAAAGAAAAAGAAAAGACGUGGACGUCAGAAUAAACUAAAGGCGUAUGAUCUCUCCGCCCUCUCGGAAUUCCUUCCCGAGUUCAACGCUUCACGAGAAUCAGCAGCUCCAACGGUGUACGCGAAGCUGAACUGCAAAAACAGGCAAAAGCUCAUACUGGAGGAAGGGAAAAACCUGAGCAAUGUACUCAACCAUCCGGCCUUUCAAGCUGAUCCAUUCGGUUCGAUCCAUCAGCAUUUGCAGAGCACGCAGCCAGCGGUGGAGGAGCAACCGAAGAAGAAAACAAACAGAAACGGAAGCAAGAAAAAGAACAGGAGGAAGGGAAAAGCUUCGUCUCAACCUCAAUCUAUGGAUAUGUGAUUCUGUUCUUUCCAAGACAGCUUCAUUUUUCCGGUCUUUGGCCCAAAAGUGCUUUUGUUAUGUUUUUUUUUGUAGAGGGAAGAACCUGCAGAGUUUUGUCAAUCGCCGCAGAUUUAUCCUCUUUUCCUGGUUCUAGUUUAAUCAAGAAUCGAUAAAAUUGAAUAGUUUGAUCAAUCUUGUUUUGUGUCCCAUACCGUAUACACAAUAAAAUGAGAUUAUUGUUGAAGA